AUGAGGGUAAAGAAGCCUUCAUUUGCAAAUGUUUCAAUUGAGCUAGAUGAUCCGAUUUUUAGAUAUUCAAAUAAUGUCCUAUCCGAAGGGAGAAUCUAUACAAAUCUUGAACCCAUCACUGGCCAGGUUAAUUUAAAAUUAAAAACAAGAAUGACUAUCAAUUCAAUGUCGAUCAAGUUAAUAGGUAUGUCAAAAAUUUCCAUGAGAAAAAAAAAAGAUCAUUAUCAACCAAAAAUGCUUUCUGUAAAAUUUUUGGAAAUUAAUAAACAAUUAUCUAGGAUACAGAAAAAAGUAAAGUCUGGAAACCACAUUUAUAAGUUUAAGUUCGAUCCGAUUUCUUAUAAUUACGAUCCUUAUGAUCCCCAACAAUCUCCCAAUGAAGAUGCCCAUGAAAAUGAGUCUGGUGAUGAAUUGAAAAUAGAUGUUCAUGGUCAGAAUUCUUAUGAUUUUUUUCACUCUAGAAUCAAUUCCUUUGAGUAUAAAAUUUAUAGAUAUGAUGAAUUGUUGGAUACAGAUAUUGUUAAAGUUUAUAAUAGUUUACCUUUGACAACUGCAAAAACUUAUUUAUCAAAUUCCUUUGGAGAUGCUACACUUGAGGUAUAUUAUUACUUACAGCUCACUAUCAUCAGAUCCUUUUACCAUUCUAAUAUCAAUACUUCUAAAACAUUCUCAUAUCUUCCUAUAAAUAAAAAUCCACUCACUCGUUUAGGUUUAAGAAGAUAUAGGUCAAUUUUUUUUGACGAUGAUUUAAUUGAUAUGAAUAUUCCGGAUUCCCCUAGCAGAUUUCGCAAAGAAGAUCCUCCUAUUUCACAGCAUCGUACUGUUAAUAAUAUAUACACCCUUCCUCCCAUUGUUCCUCGAACCAUUAGUCCAAUUACUCUCAAUAACCCUAUUAAUAUAAUCAAUGAAGUUGAUCCACUCGAUUCCACUGAUUUAGUUAAUAAUCCAAUUGUUGGAGAUUUAUCUAAUACUCUUUCAGUGAAAAUCAAAAAUAGCAGUGAAAAAUAUUUUAGAACAAACUUUUAUUUGAGGUUCAAUCAUGAUCCUAUUAUGAUCAUUGGCGAAACUCUACCUUUUGCUUUAUAUUUCACCUUCCGAGAUCCACCAGACUAUUAUACUGAUCAAGGUGUGCAUAAACUAUUAAUUGAUGAGCUCACACUAGAUUUAAUUUCCUGCACUUACUUGAAAGCCGAUGAUGACACCACUAGCUCCUUCAGAGAAUUGAUACAUCUAAUACAACCCGAAGAUAACCAAAAUAGAGAACCAAUCCUAAUGAAUAUGGAAGAUGCCAUUAGAAAUCCUAUUGAUGAUCUUUUUCGUUUGUUGGUUCCCAUUGAAACGUACAGAGAGUAUGUUUUACCCAAAGAAAUCCCUCCCACCUUUUGCUUGAGAAAUCUCUGCAGAAAGUAUGAGAUCAAACUCACAGCAAGAAUUUGCCAUUACGUGGAAAACAACAAUGAUCCAAAUGACUUUGCAAACAUUAGAUGUGCCUCAACAGUUCAUCUACUUAACGACCAUUCUUCCUAUGUUUCUGCUUCUGUUAGCAACGACGUCGAGCGUAUGAUGUUGGAUCCUGAGGCCUAUAUGGAGAACCACAGGAGCCGGAGGUAG